AUGAUGUCCCACCAUUUCACGAGUAUGUUCGAGCAGCUCGGCAACUUCACGAAGAAUAAUCUGCAGAACAGCAAGCUGGUGAAGGAGAAGAAUACAAACCACGUGGCCAGCCAGCCAUCCCCGCACAAGCAACCGCCACCACCGCCGCUGAAGAAGCCCUGCAAGUUGAGAAAUGUCGCUUCGAAGGCGGAAUCGUAUGACACUCUUUAUGGAAACAGUACAUUGUUCAGUCACGUGACUCCACGUAGAAUGGCAUCGUUUGCCUUGGACAUGUUACGUUACUGCGAGCCCGUUGCUUCGAAAGCCAGACGAAAGAUUUCUAUGGAAUACGUGUAA